AUGCGCACUACUCAGAGACUCGCCUUCAGCCUGCUCGCUGCGGCGGCAGUUGCUUCGGCGUCCGAUGUCACCCAGUUGAAGAAGGACACCUUCGACGACUUUGUCAAGACCAAUGACAUUGUCCUAGCAGAGUUCUUCGCCCCAUGGUGCGGUCACUGCAAGGCCCUCGCCCCAGAGUACGAGGAGGCUGCCACCUCAUUGAAGGAGAAGAACAUCAAGCUCGCCAAGGUUGACUGCACAGAGGAGUCCGACCUGUGCCAACAGUAUGGCGUCGAGGGUUACCCAACCCUCAAGGUCUUUCGUGGACCUGAGAACAUCACUCCCUACAAGGGACAGCGAAAGGCUGCUGCCAUCACUUCAUACAUGAUCAAGCAGUCCCUACCGGCAGUGUCCAUCCUGACCAAGGACACUCUCGAGGACUUCAAGAAGGCCGACAAGGUCGUUCUUGUUGCUUACAUCGAUGCCUCUGACAAGUCCUCUAACGAGACCUUCACCGCGGUCGCUGACAAGCUCCGCGAUAACUACCCCUUCGGUGCCAGCAGCGACGCUGCUCUCGCCGAGGCUGAGGGCGUCACCGCCCCCGCCAUUGUCCUGUACAAGGAGUUCGAUGAGGGCAAGUCUGUCUUCUCUGAGAAGUUCGACGUCGAGGCGAUCGAGAAGUUCGCUAAGACCGCCGCCACCCCCCUGAUUGGCGAGGUUGGCCCCGAGACUUACUCUGACUACAUGUCCGCCGGCAUUCCCCUGGCCUACAUCUUCGCCGAGACCCCUGAGGAGCGCAAGGAGCUCAGCGAUGCCCUGAAGCCCAUUGCUGAGAAGCACCGCGGCGUCAUCAACUUCGCGACCAUUGACGCGAAGCAGUUCGGCGCCCACGCCGGCAACCUGAACCUUAAGACCGACAAGUUCCCCGCUUUCGCCAUUCAGGAGACUGUCAAGAACCAGAAGUUCCCCUUCGACCAGGACAAGGCCAUCACUCACGAUGACAUCAAGUCCUUCGUUGAUGACUUCGUCGCAGGCAAGGUCGAUCCCAGCAUCAAGUCUGAGCCCAUCCCUGAGACUCAGGAGGGCCCCGUCACUGUUGUCGUCGCCAAGAGCUACAACGACAUUGUUCUGGAUGAUGCCAAGGACGUGCUCAUUGAGUUCUACGCUCCGUGGUGCGGUCACUGCAAGGCUCUUGCCCCCAAGUACGAUGACCUUGCUUCUCUGUACGCCAAGUCUGAGUUCAAGGACAAGGUUGUGAUUGCCAAGGUUGACGCUACCGCCAACGAUGUUCCGGAUGAGAUCCAGGGCUUCCCUACCAUCAAGCUGUACCCGGCUGGUGCCAAGGAGAACCCGGUCACCUACAGCGGUGCCCGCACUGUCGAGGAUCUGGCCAAGUUCAUUGCCGAGAACGGCAAGUACAAGGCUGCUGUUGAGGAGGAGGCUGAGGCUGAGACCCCUGUUGCCCCCGCGGCCACUGAGUCUGGCGCUGAGGAGGCUAAGGAGACCGACGUCCAUGAUGAGCUGUAA